CACUCAUUCCAUUCGUUCAAAAACAGGACGCUUGACGUGACCCUUCAAACAACCAUGCGCCCAUACCGACGUUCAGCUGAGCAAAGACUCACAGACAUUGACUACACACAGCUAACCCAGCAAAAUCAAAGUAUCCGUUCUGAAGAGACUCAUAAAAAAAUCAUGAAACUUUAUCAAGAAAUAUUCCUGCGCCCUCAGACAAUUUUACCCAGAAUACAACUCAAGACUAGGAUCCAAUCUCCAGUGAAGCUGAGAGUAUAUGAGUCCGUCCAGGAGGUCAGCAGACAUCAGCCACAUGGAAAACUGGCUCAGGAAUCACUCAUGAAUCAUGUGAUCAAAGCCCUUAAGAAAUUCCCUAUUGAGAGAUCCCAGUCAGAGCAUCAUAUCAUUUAUAAACUGCUGAAGGGAGUCCAAAGUCUGACCUCACAGCUGGGCUCGCAAGAGCUGAAACAGAUUAGUACCAUCACCACCGUCGAGACCUGGGAACGCGGACAGAUCAUUUUCGGGCAUAAUGGAUUUUACCUUGUUCUGAAAGGCUCAGUGAAACCGUUCAACCAUGAAACCCUUAAAGAGGAUCAGACAAUCUCUACGAUUGCUGCUGGAGGUUCAUUUGGAUCCAGUGAAUCUGUAAAUGCUGUAGAUGGAGGUGCCAUCAUCCAGGGUGUCGGGACACUCGAAACCUGCGAGAUUCUCAAAAUAUCUCGCUCUCGCUACGAGAAGCUAAAAAAGGACAUCCUGGCAGAGGACCAUGAAGUUAAAGUGUCUUUGAUCCAGGGCUGCCAGCUGUACCUUCACUGGCCAAAGCUUUCCAUCAACCACCUGGUCGACAGCAUGCAGCUAAGAACAUUCCCUGCUAAUCAAGUGCUGGUGAAGGAGGGAAAGAUCUGUCCGUUUGUGGCCUUCAUUGGACGUGGAGAAUGUAACAUCCUUCAGGACGUGGGAUCGUUGGCAAAACCCGUUGACAAAAAGGGCUGCAGGAUCAGAUUUGUGAUUGUUGGUAAGCUGGGUCCAAAGCAGUCGUUUGGUGAGGUCAGCAUCCUAUUGAACCAGCCGUCCCCUUGUACUGUUAUCACUGCCACUGAAGUUCAUGGUGGAAUCAUUCAACCAGAAUGUCUUAAAGGACUGGACUCAGUGACCACUUCUCUUAUUCUGCAGACUGCGCAACCAAUGCGUGGAAAACUCAGUCAGGAGGAAGUCAUGAAGGAGUUCCUGACACAGGAGAGGAUGAAGAAAUGGGAACAUGAGAAGGGGAAGAUACUUUCUGAUGCUCUGUUUUAUAAGGGCGUACACCCAGGAAAAGGAAAAUGGACUUUUAACAGAGGACCAAGAGGAGUAACUGGGAAAUCCAAGUCGUCCAUAUGA